AUGAGUGCGGAAAGUGUUAUCCGCGAAUCUGUCGAAUUCCCUCCGGGCAAAAUCAUCAGUGGUCGAUGGAAAAUUAUAAGUCAAAUCGGGCAUGGGGGAUGUGCAAUCGUCUAUCAAGUACAAGAUGUGAAUCAGGUCAAUCUGAAGGCGGCGUUGAAGGUGGAGAGUAAUUAUAUUGACAAUGGAGUCCUCAAGAUGGAAGCUGAUGUCCUCAAGAAGUUGGGAGAUCGCAAAUACACUAUCAAGUUGCUACAUUCUGGAAAAAGACAGGACUACAGGUGGGGUGUACUGUAGCAAGAGUUUAAAAUUUCUUAAAAUUUUUUUCAGUUUCCUUGUGCUAACAUUAUGUGGCCCUGAUUUGGAUCGUCUCCGUGAAAGGAGAAACACCCGCACCUUCUCCGAGAGCACUAUUCUUCGGGUCGGAGUGCAUUGUUUGUAUGCGAUCAAACAAUUGCAUGAGAUCGGAUAUGUUCAUAGAGAUAUCAAACCAAGUAAUAUGGUGAUCGGCGCCGAGGAAACAGAUCGAAGACUCAUUUAUCUCAUCGAUUAUGGGAUGGUGCGGGCUUAUGCCGUUCAAGUGGCUGGAAAAUGGAAAUUCAAGAAGCCUAGAUACGAUGUAAGAAAAAGUAUUUUCAAAAAAUUAUGUCAUCUUUCUUUUGGUAUUAUGUACUACAAUUUGUAAGAAAUGUUUUCUAUCAUUUCCUAUCAAAUUUACUGUCUUAGGUUAAGUUGUAUAUUCUUAAAACCGUAUUUUAGGUUGCGCUUCGAGGGACAAUCAGAUACUGUUCAGUAAACGUUCAUCGGAAGAAAGAACAAGGCCGAGUAGAUGAUCUAUGGUCCCUUGUUUAUCUCUUGGCCGAAUUACAAGGACCUCUACCCUGGUAUAAAUGCAAAAGCACCCUUCGAUUGCCUGCACUGAAAGAGGAAUUCGAUGACGAAAAAAAUAAAUCAUUGAAGAAUCUAGAAUGCCUCCGGGAAAUUGCGAGCCAUCUGAGGAGUUGUUCAUUUGCAGAUCGGCCCAACUACAUGCUCGUCUAUCUGGCGGUAAGGGGGUUUGCCUGAGGUAAUGCGAUCUUAGCUAAUGAGACAAAUCCGGGCCAAAGGAUUCAGAUUCAAAGACCCUUAUGAUUGGGAAAAGGAUGACCAUGACUUUGGGGCCAGCAAUUUCUCCGAAUCUUCUAAUUCGGAAGGUGCAAGUAAAGCGGAGAAGGAGCCUUCGGUUGAGACCAACAGAGGUAUGAAGGUCAUAGUGAUGCAAUGCAGGGUACGGCAAUUUUGUAACCCAAUUUAAUUAGCUACAAAACUUAUUUUUGUUUCAUACCAAAUAUGUUAUAUUAAAAAUCCGGUUUUAGACCUUAGUUUGGCCAUAACUCUUGACACUUUUCGACUUGCCCAUCUUUUUGGCAUAUUUGGAAGGCCUUACUUUGAAGCCAUACCUGUCUCUUCAACUGCUCCUGAGAGUCAACCGAGAUUCAAGGUUUUUUGACUUUUACCGUAAACAUAACGGAAUUCAUGAAUUCUUAUGACAGAUUUGGUAUUGAACAAAAAUGUAGAUUUUGGCCAACAAAUAAAAAGGUUCUAGCCAAUUUAAAUUGGGCUACCAAAUAACCGCACCCUGCAUUAUUUUAAUAUAAUAUUAUUAUUGUUUAGAGGAAAGAACUCAAGAUUGUCAUACACCUCCAAGAGGUUCCGAUGAAUCCGUAGAACCACCGGUAGUCGUUCAAAAACCUAUAUUGCUAUCUCUUCCAGAAACAGCAGAGUCCAGAGAAGAUGAAGCUCUGUUUCCGACCAUAA